GUGAGGAUGCUGUGGAUGGCUCCUUGCCAGUUUGUUUCUGGCAACGACACCGGCGGAGGGAGGACGGCGCCAUGCCGGCGAUGCGCAUGUCGCAGCCGCCAAAGCUGCAGCAACAGCAGAGACACACAAGUCCAUGGAAGUUGAAGGGACAGCGCCCCAUAUCUGGCUUUCCGCCGCAGCCACAGAUACCCUGCGUGCCCACACAAAGUAUGCCAGACUCGGUCGGCCACUCCGAUUGGAUGUGUGUUCUGGAGUGUUCUGCGCAGUGCAAUAUCCUCGACAGCGCAGCGGUUGUGAUUACUUUGAUCAUCGUGUGGCUUGGAUAUCUGAGGUAUAUAAGGCACACUUUGCUGGUCUCUCCGGCCGAGACACCACAGCCCACUCUCGAAUCCGCUCUGAGGUUUGCCUCCAAGUUUGAACAGACCAAAGUCUCCUCGGCCAUCGCUCAGCACAGUCCAAACACCACAUCCAAGCACCACAUCCAAGCACCACAUCCAAGCACCACAUCCAAGCACCACUUCCAAGCACCGCAUCCAAGUGUCACAUCCAAGUGCCCACGCUUGUCCGGUCUCUGCCUCUCCGUCGCAUUCAACGAUUUCCAAGUCGCUGUCCUCUCCCUCUCCCUCUCCUCUCCCUCUCCCGCCGACUCUGGCUGCUUUUGACCCCCGCUUGUCGUUGCCAUCCCGCUGUUAUACUUGUCUGUCCAGAAUGGUUUCUUGCCCUGUUUCCGGCUGCCAGUCCCGCCAAGCGCAGAAGCUUGGCAGACACAGUGGCUGCGGUGGUGUAGUUUAUGUUUGUGGUGGCGACAUGGGCCACAAGUUUUGUAAGGGCUGUGGCGACAACAGAGUGAGGGCCAAGGAUAUUCAGUGAGAAGGCGAUUCUGGAUACUGAGUGAGGCGGUGAUUCUGGAUAUUGAGUGAGAUGGCGAUUCUGGAAUACAAUGCUUAAGCCCAAAGACAACGACACCACUCCGAGUCGAGGC